AUUCACUCGUAGUCAGUAUCACCCUUAUUACUGUGGAAACUCACCGACAUUUUGUCCUAAAACUUUACUCGCAACAAAAUAAUUUCAUUAAAAUCUCAUUUCUGUAAAACAAAAAGUGACAAUAAUCAGUUUAUUGUAGCCAUUUUCUGUCGUGAUCCAUUAACUAAUCAACAUCAUGUCAGCUCCAAAAGUUUGGUCCAAAUUCUCUGUCAACAAGGGAGGUGAUACCAUCAAUCUACGUGUAGUGGACAUGCCUGAGAGUCUCACUGAAGAAGUCUUGACUUCUUAUAUUAAUUACUUUAUGAAGGAAGAUUCUAUGUGCAAAGCAGCUGGAGUUCUCAAAAAUCCAGAAGCAAUUGAAGAAUUGCGUGCUACUAUGUUAGAAUUCGCAAAAGAUGAAGGAUUUCACGGUGUAAUCUGCUGUUUGGACAAUGGAGACGAUCCAAUCAAGGAAUUUAUUGGAGCAUCUAUGAUGACUUUGGAGUCAAAGCAAGAAUCUAUGCCCGAGUUUAAAAUCAAAACAGAAGAAUUGAACAAAAUGUAUGAUAUAUAUUUUGGCCUGGAGGCUUAUUACGAUGAAGCCAAAGAGUUAGGUUUGGACAGUUACUUCAGUGACAGAGGACUAUUUGUUCAUUCUGAGUAUAGAAACCUGGGCAUUGAGCAGGAGCUCUUUAAAGUCAGGCGUUUGAUAUGUAAAGAACGAGGUAUAUCGGUGGUAGGAGCCUGGAUGACAACACAAGACUUAGAGAAAGCCGCUGAAGGUGACGGCUGGGAAGUUGGGUGUGAAGUUAAAUAUGAGGAACUCGGACAAAAAUAUGGAGUCAAUUUGGAAGCCGACACUGCUUCGUUGAAAUAUAUGUUUGCUAGAACAAAAUAAAUUAAACUUUAAUAUGAUUUUGAACUAUGAUAUUUCAUUAAUCAUUUGAUUAGUAAAUAUAUUUCAUGAUGCCAAAA